AUGCCAUCUCCACGUGCCCAGUCAGUGGAGAAAUUGGACGGAGUUACACUCCCUUAUGGCUCGGAGAAAGUGGUCAGUGUGAAGAAGAGAAGUAAACAGGGUACCGGAAAGACUCAACCCUUAACCAUAAACACGAGCGAUGCUCGAAUGUUCAGCACAUCCGAAGGGGAUCUGACAAUGCGAAAAUUGAUACGUCGUGAACGGAAACGGUAUUCCGGUGUUUAUGAGGAUCCCAAAACCCAUCGAAUGUCUUUGUACAAUUCGCACAAAAAAUCACAGGAUUCCCGUAAAUCGCAUGUGUUGAGCUCAGUCUUGUUCGAGCCAAACAGUAACCGACGACGGGUGAUCAGUUGUUUGGAGCUGAAUGCACCCGAACCGAUAGAAUUGGAAUCUGUUCCUAUUGAACGAAUGAGGAAUGGGGAUACAACCAAUGGACCAGUCUCUGUUCCCGUAUUUACCGAAGGUCGACUCAAUCAGGGCACAUUUGUAUUUCCCCGAGAUUCGACAAGAUUGAAAACACCCCGGGAACGUGAAGUUUUUGUGUCCGUACGUAAUGAUGAUGCAGAUUCACACGGGAUACGUUACAGUGGAAUUUUCCAACCUGAUUUGCAGAGACAUCGUUCAAGUAGCCGACAUUUACGAAAAUCUAGGAGUAGUAAUAUUUAUCAACCAACAACAACACCCAUGUGGAGUCCGUUCGUUCCGGUUGCCGUGAAUUUCUGCCCGAAUUGCAUGGCUUCUACGUGCCAACGUUGUCGCAAUUCGAUAUCCUCACCGCGCAAAAGUUUUAGUCAAGAUUUACUCGCCGGUACUCCAUAUCCAUACGAACCAGCAGAUUAUCGUGGUAGUCAAUAUAUGGAUAUGCCACAACCGCCAAUACCCCAAUAUCCGCCAUCUUAUCAUCAUCAUCACCAUUAUCAACAACAACAACAACAACGCCAGCGUAUGUCCAGCUACUAUUCCGGCAGUCGGAUGUCGGAUAUCGAUCGUGUUUAUACCAUGCCAUCCAGAACUAAUCUACUCAAUACCAGUAUCGAAGAGCUGAGUGGAUACGGUUAUGAGAAUGAUCGAACGGUUGAU